GAGGAGAUACGAAGGCUUGUGCGCGCCAUGAGCAAUUUAAGACGUUGCCGUAACCAACUACAAGCGGGUGAACUCAAGGAACCGGCAAACUUGUUUUGGGAUUCGUGGGAUAGGCAUUCAACCCAUUAUCGUGCGUCUCCCAGAAUUAGUCGAUCUCAGCCAAGAAACGCUGCUAAAUCAUCACAUAUCGCGAAUCGUUCCAAUGAAGUUGUGGAAAGUCCCGUUGAACUCGUGCCGCCCGGAGUGGCCUCCGCGGACGUCGCUGCAGAUCUGUCACUUCAACCGCAUAACGUGUUAUCACCCGAGGAAGGAUCUACGUGUACGUUAACUCCAUCGCCAUCGCCUCCCACGUCUCCGACUGAGGUAGCACUGAAUAAGCAGACAAAGAAAGGAUUUCCGACAACACCGCCGCCGAGGAAGAAACAUCAAACACACAUUCGGUCCCCGGCGACACAGCAGUUUAACAGUGCAACAGCUCAUCAAAUUUCCCAGAACAAUAACAGUAUCACAGCAGUGAUUCCCAUUACAGUAAAUACCAACAGCGACCAGGUCGUGUCUCUUACCAAAUCCAAGUCACACGAAUCACAGUUCCUUUCUAAUCAACCUUUGCAGUCAACGGAAACUAUCAACGUCAAUCAGCAGAACAUGGUCAACUCUAACAAUAUCACAUCGAGCUUACAACCCCAGUCUACGACGAACAACGGAAGUGCUCCUGUAUCAACGGUUCGUACACGACUCCACACGGAGCCAACGCCGGAUCAGCAGCAUUCGAUGGAAUCUUCAGACAACUCAUUCGCUUCAUUCCAAAACACUUCCAUGCCUCCCAAGUCACCAUGCACACCAAUCAUUACGCGUGGGAUGGGCCACAUGAUUCAACAUCGAUUCACCAAAAAAUUCAAGGUAACAACAAGCACGUGCGAUCUGUGUAACAAGCAAAUGUUCUUCGGCUUUAAGUGUACAGAGUGUAAAUAUCGUUGCCAUAAGGACUGCAAAUCGAAUGUUCCACCUUCGUGCGGGCUGCCACCGGAGUUUGUUGAGGAGUUCAAGAAAACUCUUCGUUCAGACACGUUGAUGCCGAACGUGUCACCUAAUCUUCCGAGGGGAGUUUAUGCGAGAGACCGUAACCGUGUACCGAUGCACGGCAUACAUGGUGGACCGGACAGUAGCUCUGCGGGUUCUAGUUGUAACAGCUCGUCCCCUUCGAGUCCGGCUUUGCUGUCACUACCACCACAAACACCAGCCACUUCAAAACAUUCUCAAUUCAACUUCCCUGAAAUAUCCGGCGGAAAUCAUUUAAAUCAAAUUUCCGAACGCGAUGGUAUAACGAUCGAAACCCACCCCAUCAACAACAACAGCAAAUCGGUUGCAGCCGGAACAGAGUUGACUGGACACCAUCCGAAUCGAAUACCGAAACUGCAUCUCUCCAAGCUGCCGGAAUCACACCAGAGCAACGACAGCGACAAAACAGGCUCUACAAGUGCUGCAAGUACAGACUCAUCUUCGGAGCGUACGCCAAUAAGAUUGGACUCUACCGAGGAGCGCGAGAGUGACAAUUGGCCUCGCCAAAACAGCCUUUCCCUCAAGGAAUGGGACAUUCCAUAUGACGAUCUCAAACUGCUUGAAAAGAUUGGCAACGGUCGUUUCGGAACGGUCCACCGGGCUCUCUGGCACGGUGAUGUGGCAGUAAAAGUACUAAAAGAGGACUACGUAGCGGACGACAGCACGUUGGAGGCGUUCAAAUUGGAGGUGGCCACAUUCAAAAAAACCCGCCACGAGAAUGUCGUGCUAUUUAUGGGUGCGUGCAUGAAACCUCCCAGAUUAGCCAUAGUAACAUCGCUAUGCAAAGGCAACACACUCUACACGCAUAUUCACAUACGAAAGGAUAAGUUCAACCUGAAUCGCACCACAAUAGUCGCUCAGCAGAUUUCACAGGGAAUGGGUUAUUUGCACGCUCGAGGUAUCGUUCACAAAGACCUAAGAACAAAGAAUAUCUUUCUUGAAAACGGCAAAGUGAUAAUAACUGAUUUUGGCCUAUUUAGCGCCACCAAACUAUUGUAUUGUGAUCUAGGUUUAGGAAUACCAAGCGGCUGGCUUUGCUACUUAGCGCCAGAGUUGAUUAGAAAACUUACCUCGUAUCGCCCAAUUGAAGGGGAUUUGCCUUUUUCGAAAGCGUCUGAUAUUUUUGCGUUCGGUACUGUUUGGUACGAGCUGCUUUGCGGAGAGUUUCCGUUUAAAUCUCAGUCGCCAGAGUCCGUCAUUUGGCAAGUUGGGCGUGGCAUGAAGCAAACACUGGCCAACUUGCAAGCAUCACGGGAUGUCAAGGACAUUCUUAUGAUCUGUUGGACGUACCAAGCAGACGAUAGACCAGAUUUUCAAAAAACUUUUGUCCUUGCUCGAAAAACUACCCAAAAAAGCGCCUUGCUAGGUCACCCUCACAUCCAGUUCAACUGUCUCGUUCCGCUGAGUCUGUUUUCUAAACAUAAAUUCAAUAUUGGCAUCAAUGCUACAAAGACUACGAAAUAAAUAUUAUGAAAAGAAAAUGUUUAUCUAACCGUUUGAAAGAAGUUGUAGGCAAGGAACUUUUACUAACAGGAGUUAUUUAGGACAACCUAGUAAUAGAUAAAUCUCCGACAGUUGCGUGAAGUGAACUUCUGUCGCGUAGGAUAAAUACAUCUAAAAUGGGGCACGUAACAUGGUACUGAAUUCAACAAGUAAUGUGAUGUUUGACCUUGGAUACCAAUGAUGCUGAUGUCUAGUGUAGAUAUCCUAAGUAAAUGUACAGUAUUUUAUGCUGAGUUGCUGGUUCCUGAUUUGAUGCCAUGUAUUAUGUUUUAAGCUUUGUUAAAAACACGUUGAAGCAAUGUUUUGACCCAUGUCACUGUGAGCUUGGAAAAAGAAACCAAGGAGUUAAGGUCUAAAAAAUCUCAAAACAGUUUGUUAAAGUUCAAGUUUGAUUAUUGCUUAUUUACUGCAUUAUAUCAGGUACCGACAAAUCUGUGUAUUCUUAUAAGGGUUAACUAACUACAACUGGUUACACUUUUGACUUAACCUGCAUGGAUUAAGACCAAAACAUAGAGAGCGUUCAUCUAUCGAUAAUUGCGAAGUUUGGUGCCGAUAUGACCGAACACUGUUUUUUUUUAAAUUGUUACAAAGUUACAUAUCGACGCAAACUUUUCAAAUUACGCUAUGUACAUAAGCUUUGCGUAAGACACAGCAAUUGUUAGCGACAAGUGAGCCAAAAAACUGGUACAGCACCAACAUUACAAAAAUGCUCCAAUUGGCACCAACUUAGGAUUUCCGUUUACUAUCGAUGGAUUAACUUUUCCCUUAUGUUGAUUUUGUCCAAAAUUGUAAUCAAUCGAGAAACAAACCAUACAAAAUGGUAUAAUAAUAUUGAGAAAUAUAGGAAGAGGCAAACGAACUGUUCUCGAAAAUACGAUUCCAUUCAAGAACAUAAAAGAGCAUUUCUCUACGUUUUUUGGAAAAUGAUCAAAUUUCAUUUUUUGUAUUUCAAUAAAACUUUUAAUUUUUCAUUCGAUUUGUAAAAAAAAAGCAUUUGAGCCAAUAUCACGAUGAACGGUAAAAAAAGCAUGGUAUUUUUGUGUUUCUGGAAUAAGUUUUACAUGUGAGUAGGGUACAGUAGUCAUCAAUGAGACAAUGAUUGGGAACAAUGGUAAAAUGGUUCUCACAAGUCGUAGUUUCAACCAAUCAGGCUCAUAUUUUGGGGAAAGGUGUGUCUACUGGAUACACGUCUGUCAUUAUAGUGACAUUGGUU